ACAAUGGCUACCUUACAACCAAAAGUAAAAUGGGCAGAAAGACCAGAACAUGUUUAUAUUACAGUCGAAGCACCAGUUAAAAAACCAAAUAUCGACAUUCAAAGCAAUAGUAUUAAAUUUGAAGGUAAAGAUGGUGAAAAUAAAUCUUAUGUCUUCGAAAUCAGUUUAUUCAAAGAAAUUGAUCCAAAAGAAUCAAAGACCGAUUUCACUGGUAGAUACCCAAAAAUUUUAUUAAAGAAAACCGAAUCAGGUUACUGGAACUUUUUAUUAAAAGAUAAAAAGAAAGAAAAAUUCGUCGAAACCGAUUGGUCACUCUGGAAAGAUGAAGAUGAUGUUGGUGAAGAAGAGGAUGUCGACAAAUUUGGCAACUUUGGUGGUAUGCCAGGCGGUAUGCCAGGUGGUAUGCCAGGUGGUAUGGAUUUUGGCGGUAUGGAUUUCUCCAAAAUGAUGGGCGGCAUGGGCGGCAUGGGUGACAUGGGUGGCGAUAUGGACGAUUUAGAAGAUCUCCAUGACCACGGUGAAGAAGAAGAAGAAGGUAAAAACACAGAAAAAACAGAAGAAACUAAACUCAACUCUGUUGAUUAAAUAUUUUAAAAUUAUUCAUUUUUUUACUCUCUAAUAUAAAUAAAAAAUAAAAACCAAAUC